GAUGACAGCCACUGGGCCCUCUCAGACUCCGGUGGAUGUCCCCGGGGCAAACACGUCUGGCUCUGCUUGAAGACAGAUUCUCGUUAGAGUUGGUGAGAAGCACCCUCCCACAGCUCUGCAAGGGAGAAGUCAGGGUAGCAAGGAGAGAGAAUUCUGUGAAGCAAAGCAGCAGGGGAACCGGAAGAAAAGGGAGCAGAGAAACCUACAAGCCAGCAAUCCGCAGCUAACCAGCUAAGCCCAGCUCUCUAGCUGGGGGCAGAGACCAGAUACCGCAAGCAUCAGAGCUCAAGACAUGCCCACCACCGCUUCCCCGCUGCCUCUCACCACCGUCGGUUCCGAGAACAGCAGCUCCAUCUACGACUACGACUACUUAGAUGAUGUGACCAUCUUGGUUUGCAGGAAGGAUGAGGUCCUGUCCUUUGGAAGAGUCUUUCUGCCGGUCGUCUACAGCCUGAUCUUCGUGCUGGGUUUGGCCGGCAACCUCCUCCUCCUGGUGGUGUUGCUACACUCUGUGCCUCGAAGACGGGUGAUUGAGCUUUACCUGCUGAACCUGGCUGUCUCCAACCUCUUGUUUGUAGUGACUAUGCCCUUCUGGGCCAUCUCUGUGGCCCGGCAUUGGGUUUUUGGCAGUUUCUUGUGCAAGGUGAUAAGCACUCUCUACUCUAUUAACUUUUACUGCGGUAUCUUCUUCAUCACCUGCAUGAGCCUGGACAAAUACCUGGAGAUUGUCCACGCUCAGCCCCUCCACAGACCGAAGGCCCGGUUCAGGAACCUGCUUCUCAUUGUCAUGGUGUGGCUCACGGCCCUGGCCAUCUCUGUCCCGGAAAUGGUCUUUGUGCAGGUCCACCAGACCUUAGAUGGUGUGUGGCACUGCUAUGCGGAUUUUGGCGGACAUGCGACCAUUUGGAAGCUGUACCUGCGCUUCCAGCUGAACCUUCUGGGGUUUCUCCUCCCACUCUUGGCCAUGAUCUUCUUUUACUCCCGCAUCGGUUGCGUUCUGGUCAGGCUGAGGCCACCGGGCCAGGGCCGGGCUCUGAGGAUGGCCGCGGCCCUGGUGAUAGUCUUCUUCAUGCUGUGGUUCCCGUAUAACCUCACCUUGUUUCUGCACUCGCUGCUGGACCUGCAUGUCUUUGGGAGCUGUGAGCUCAGCCACCGUCUGGAUUAUGCCUUGCAGGUGACAGAGAGCCUGGCCUUCUCCCACUGCUGCUUCACCCCGGUCCUCUACGCCUUCUCCAGUCGCCGCUUCCGCCAGUACCUGAAGGCGUUUCUGUCUGUGGUGUUGAGAGGACACCAGGCACCUGGCACCACCCACGCCCCUCCCUCUAGCCAUUCUGAGAGCAGCAGGGUUACUGCCCAGGAAGAUGUGGUCAGCAUGAAUGACCUUGGGGAGAGGCAGUCUGAGGACUCCCUUAACAAGGGGGAGAUGGGGAAUACUUAGGCCCGAGUGAUCAGCUGCAGUCUGGAAACAGCACCGCUCUCUCUGAGGGACAGCGUGACUGUGCUGUUUGCCCCAGUGGUUCCCAACCACCAGCAGGCCUUACUCACUACAGUCUCUUCCUCCUUCUGCUUCCCGAACCCCAUCCUCUCUGCUGAACCACUGUAGCUCUUCACUGAUCUCCCUCUGCUUCCACCCUGGCGCGUCUGUGGCUUCCUGGCCCCCAGAAGCCAAUGAGGUCGCUCCACUCUUAGCCUUCACACCUUCAAGGGCUAUGUGAUCAGUCUGUGACUUCAUCUCCACUGUACUCCCUCCUAGUGUUUAGGUUCAGGGCACACUGGCUUCCACUCGUUUCUGAAGCAUUCCAGGUUCAUUCCAGUAGAGAGAGUUCAGCUAUGCCAUCUCUCUGGACAUCUUCUUCACCAGCCUUUCUCCUUGGGAAGAGUUUGGCUCAUUCCUUCACUUCCUGGAGUAGCUCAGAUCUCACCUUGUUGGUGAGGGAGGAGGCCCUGUGCCCACCCUGUUCAAUGCCCCGUCUACAUACCUGAUGCUCAUGCGCUUCUGCACGCACUGUUUUCACUCUGUACAGGGAUUCCUCCCGUCGUGCUCCCUGCAGACUGCCUCGAGCCCACCCACGCAGGUGAGCUGCAGAGUAAGGCUCACAGUGAACCGCUCGCUGCUCUCUCUCCUCAGGCUCCUACCACAGAAGCUUGUGUAUGGAAGGCCUUUGGAAAGUUGCUGUGGAGUGAGAGUGAGCACCAUGCAUUUCUGGGGACAGCCACAGGUUCCCCAUCCUCCAGGGCCCCUUUCUCUGUAGCUGAGACAGGAGGAUACUUCCUGCCCUUGUGUGCAGUCUAGCCAGUGAAUGGUCCAGAGGUGCAAAUCCUGCAGGAGGAGGGUGGGGACCAUCUCAGCUC